AUGGAGAGGCAGAGCUGGGGGGCUCCGGGGGGGCUGGGGACAGCCCACCAGCAGCUGUCGGCAGCCACUGCAGGGCUCCUCUCUGCUCUCACAGGCUGCGACUCCGGUUUCGGGCAGGCGACAGCGCGGCAUUUGGACACCAUGGGCUUCCGGGUGUUCGCCAGCGUGCUGGACCCGCAGGGUCCCGGUGCCCAGGAGCUGCGCAGGAGCUGCUCGCCGAGGCUGACCCUGCUGCAGAUGGACCUGACCAAGUCGGAGGACAUCCAGCGUGUCCUGCAGCACGUCCAGGCCAACACCAACAGCACAGGGCUCUGGGGCUUGGUGAACAACGCCGGUUUCAACGACACCAUCGCCGACGCCGAGCUCUCGCCGCUGGGCAAGUUUCGCACCUGCAUGGAGGUGAACUUCUUCGGUUCGCUGGAGCUCACCAAGGGGUUGCUGCCCCUGCUCCGCUCCGCCGGUGGCCGCAUCGUCACCGUGAGCAGCCCCGCGGGUGACCUGCCCUUCCCCUGCCUGGCAGCCUACGGGGCCUCGAAGGCAGCCCUCAGCCUGCUCAUGGACACCUUCCGCAGCGAGCUCCAGCCCUGGGGCGUCAAAGUCAGCCUCAUCCUGCCCGGCUACUACAAAACAGGUAAAAAGGGUCGGCACCCGCAGNGGCUGGUGGCCAGCCUGCCCCAGGAGCUGCUGCAGGACUACGGCGAGGACUACGUGGAGGAGAUCAACCGCCAGUUCAUCCAGUUCAUGAAGGUGGCGGUGGAGGACCUCAGCGCGGUGGUGAACAGCAUCACGGACGGGCUGCUGGCUGCCAACCCAGCCGUGCGCUACUACCCAGGGCAGGGCCUUGGGCUCAUGUAUUUCAUACACCGCUACCUGCCCUACUUCGUCCGAGACUUGUUCUUGAAAGGAUUCUUCAUCAACCCCAAGCUGCCCCGAGCGCUACGGCGAGAGCACCACGACGACGCGAAGAAAGCCUGA